GUGGCUCCGGAGACGGCGCCCCCCGCGCUGCCCCGCAUCACGCGCCUCUUCUCCGAGGUGGAGCUGAUGGCCCAGCGCUUCUCCCACGAGGUGGUCUCCAACUACAGCGUCUUCCUGGUGGACUCCCACGCCCGCAUCCUCUACGUGGGGGCCAAGGAUGCCAUCCUGGCCCUGCCCUUGGAUGCUGUUGGCCAGUGGGCCAAGAAGAUCACCUGGAGCUCCCCCCCGAAAUACAGGGAUUCCUGCACACAGAAAGGGAAGGAAGAGGCCGAGUGCCAGAACUUUAUCCGCAUCCUGGAGUUUGCCAACCGGACCCACCUCUUUGUCUGCGGCACGUUUGCCUUCAGCCCGCAGUGUGGAUACAUCAAUACAAGUCAUUUCCACUCGGUGGAGCAGGUGGAGUCCGGCAAGGGCAGGUGCCCCUUUGAGCCACUGCAGCCUUCCUCCGCCAUCAUGGCAGAUGGCGCUCUGUAUGCGGCCACAGUCAACAACUUCCUGGGGACAGAGCCCAUCAUCUCCCGAGCCGUUGAGAAGACCGCCGGGAGCCUCCCGGACAUCAUCCGGACGGACAACUCUGUGACGUGGUUGAACGACCCUGAAUUCGUGGCCUCAGCUUUCCUGCGGGAAGGUGAGAACGGCGAAGAGGACAAGGUCUACUUCUUCUUCACGGAGACGGCGCGCGAGUAUGACUUCUAUGAGAAAGUCAAGGUGGCUCGCGUGGCUCGGGUCUGCAAGGGAGACUUGGGAGGCCAGAAGACACUGCAGAAGAGGUGGACGACUUUCCUGAAGGCGCAGCUGUUCUGCUCAGACCCUGAGAGCGGCACCGUCUUCAACAUCCUGCGGGAUGUGGCCACGCUGCGCUUGGGCAACAGGAGCGCCGUGCUCUUCUACGCGGUCUUUGCAGCCCAAGGGAAGGAGCGCAGCGGCUCUGCCGUGUGUGCCUACCGCGCGCAGGAUAUUCAGAGAGCCAUGAACGGGCGCUUUAAGGAGUUCAAGAGGGACUGCGACAAAUGGACCAGCGUGACGCAGAGCGACGUGCCUGAGCCGCGCCCAGGGGCUUGUGUCACGAGUAGCAUGAAGAGGAAGGGCAUCAGUUCCUCGCUGGCCCUGCCAGACCGUGUCCUGACCUUCGUCCGCGACCAUCCGCUCAUGGACGAGUUGGUCGCCCCUCUGGAAAACAGGCCAGUGCUAGUCAUGCCGGACACGCAGUACCGCCGGCUGGCUGCUCACCGAGUCAGGUCUCUCUCUGGGGAAGAGCACGACGUUCUGUACCUGGGAACAGAGGAUGGGCAUUUGCACAAAGCGGUCAAGAUUGGUCCACGACUUUCCCUCAUCGAGGACCUGAUGCCGUUUGCAGAACGCCAGCCGGUCCGGAACCUGCAGCUCCACCAGGACUGGCUGUACGUGGCUUCUGACAGUGGAGUGGCCCAGAUCCGCACAGCCACCUGUGCUGCAUACAGGACCUGCCAGGACUGCAUUUUGGCCAGGGACCCCGCUUGCGCCUGGAGCCCAGUGCAGGAGGCCUGCCAGGACCACCGCGGACAGGCUGGGCUGAUCCAGGACAUCACAUCCGUGAAGGUGCUGAAUUUGUGCCCCGUGCAGAGCAAAGAGGUGCCCACCACCAUUGAGGUGCCCGCGCUGCUCUCUGCCCGGGUGGUCCUGCCCUGCGUCCCCCAGUCCACCUGGUCCAGCUGCGAGUGGCAGAGACCGUCCCCAGAGGCAUCAGCCUACAUCGUGCGCAGCGACGGACUGGAGUUCACCGUGACGGCGGAAAUGCUGGGGGAAUACACGUGCCGCUGCACGGAGUCUGGGGUGGGGGGCGUGGUGGCCUCCUACAGCCUGGUGAGCGCCGGCCAGGGCGGGCACAAUCCCUACCGGUCGGGCGAGCGCAGCUACAGCGUCCUGGUCGGCGUCUUCUGCUUCGUCUUGGGCGUCAUUGUGAGCAGCGGCUGCUUGCUGCUCCAUGAACGGCGCCGGCGGGAGCGCCUGCAGCGGGAGCUGAUCUGCCGGGAGAGGAACGGGCUAGACCUGAUGCAGUCGACCACCACGAGCUGCAGCCACGAGCCACAAACCCCGAGCUCGCCGGAGGACGAGCGCCACCCGCUGGCCACGGCCAAGAAGAACGGCAGCCUCAACGGCUACCCCCAUCUCUACAUCAACGAGCUGGACACGGAGCAGGCCCGCAUCUACCUGACUGGGGUGCCGCUGGCCAAGUGCGACGAGACCUCCAUCUAG